AUGAUUGGCGGUGCAGGGUUUGGGGUGCAGCCCCAAGGCUCUCCACAGGAGUGGGGUUCGGGGCAAGGCCCUGAUGGCCCUCCGCAGGAGCAGGGGUUCAAGGGGCUGGCCCCUUGGUGGGGGUUUGGGGCGCAGCCCCAGGCUCUCCGCAGGAGUGGGGCUUGGGGCAACGCCCCAAUAGCUCUCCGCAGGAGCAGGGGUUCAAGGGGCUGGCCCUUGCACAAGGGGAACAAUAAUAACAAGGAUAACAUUGCAUGGGGUCUGGGGCAACGCCCCAGGGGGGUUCGGGGCACAGCCCCGAUGCCCUCCGCAGGAGCUAGAGACCACUAA